ACCUUCCGGGGGCCUCUUUCUUGCGAGCGCGGACUCGCGCGCGUGAACGGGCAGUUAGUUAAACGACUUCGGCAGCGUUCAUAUCUGAAUCGCGACUACAACCGAAUUCUUAACGUUAACUUAACAUUCAACGAGGAUUUCCGAUCCUCUGUCACAACGUGACAUCAACGCCAUUUUUGGCAUCACCAUCAACGCCUUUGUUGGCAUUUAACAUCAACUUAACGAACAAUUUAUAUUAUUCCAGAUAAUCGACUAUCCAUUUACAACUUCAUCACCAAAGCCAGACAGGACUUUUGGAGUAAGUGGCAUAAAGAAUAACUUCACGAACUUCAAACGCGCCAAAAGUGGCAUGAAUCAACUGCAGAGCUGAUACCUGAUUCAGGUGUUAUUCUUAUGGAUGAUAUUACGACUCCAUCAAGAUGGCCACUGGGUGUGAUCCUCGAGGUGUUUUCUGGGAGCGACGGCAUCGCUCGAGUUGCAUUAGUGAAGACUGCGAGCGGCGUUUAUAAACGCAACAUUACACGUCUUUGUAUUCUUCCUUGUACUUAGAUUUAAAACAAAACCUUUCUGUACAUUUUUAGCUUUUUGCCAAAGGUUCAAUUAAUUUAAGUUUAGUUCAAUUCAUUCUUUGUGAUAUAAGAUUUUAAUCAACGGACUUGUUCUUCCAAAGAAAACUGAUUUCAUUUGUUUAUCUGGUCUUUGUUGGAACAGGUGAAUCAAAGAUUUCUUGUUACCAUAAUUUAAGGAAUGUAAAAUAUGUUAUUGUUCUAAGAAGCGUUUAGCCAAUGAUAGUUUUAUUUUCAUUACUUUUUCUAGUUCUAUUGUAGCUUAGUUGUAGAGUAUAUAUUUUUGCAUUUAUACUUGUAUUGUUAAUCUAAUCUGCGUCAUAUCGUUACUAUUAGCUACUCUAAUUCGCAGCUUGCGCCCGGAGUAUGUUCCGUCAUAACUAUUCCGCAACACGCAUGCGCAUGUAUGAACGAGCAGGUUAUGUGUGUGUUUGCAUGAGAGUAGUGAGAGAGGGCAGCACCUUCCGGGGGCCUCUUUCUUGCGAGCGCGGACUCGCGCGCGUGAACGGGCAGUUAGUUAAACGACUUCGGCAGCGUUCAUAUCUGAAUCGCGACUACAACCGAAUUCUUAACGUUAACUUAACAUUCAACGAGGAUUUCCGAUCCACUGUCACAACGUGACAUCAACGCCAUUUUUGGCAUCACCAUCAACGCCUUUGUUGGCAUUUAACAUCAACUUAACGAACGAUUUAUAUUAGUGCGUUUUUUUCUGUAUCUGUGCGUGCGAGUGCAAUCAGUGCUUUGUGUGCGUGUUCGGCGUUUUUUCUCGUUUUAUCUUUUAUAUAUCAUUUCGCUUUUUAUUGUGUCAGUUUGCUUAAAUAUUAAUAAAUCAGGGUUUUUUAUGCCGAAAGGCUUUUGCCCGUAAACAAGUGUUUUCAUUUUAAAACUUUUAUCCAACAGUGUAAAAUGAUAAGAAUCUAAAGUUAAAGUAUCCUAAUUAUUCAAUUCAACAAAAUUAUCUCUUUUUUAAUAAUAACUAACCUGCCACCUAAGGCAAGUUAGAUAGUCAACGUUUAUUCAAGAAUAUUAAUCAGAUGUAGAAGAUACAUAACACAGUGGCUUUCAACGGAAAUCAAAGAUGCAGAGAAAGUCUAAUAGAGAUAAAUUGUAUUUAAAUCAACGAAUAAAUGCAAAAACAAAUAUCAGUAAUGGCGAAGCUUUAUUGAUGUGCAUGCUUUUGGGAGUUCAACACUCGUUUACCUGGGAAGCUAUAACAGAUAUUAUCAAUUUAAUCAACAAAUUAUUUGAUAAAAUGUGUUGAAUAUAAGCAAAUAUAAGUUGCUGAGUUUUUUUCCUAUGCAAAAUAAUUGGUUUGUCUACCACGUAUAUUGCCCAGAAUGUAAAUAUUUCAUUGGAAACCGAACAGAACUACCAGAUGUUUUAACUUGUUCAUCGUACUCAUUGCUAAUUCAAGAUAGAAAGUACCGUAUUUUUUGACGUUGAAUGUUCGAUGUCAAGUAAAAGCUCUGCUAGAAAAUCCACUUGUUCAGCCUUACUUGAACUAUAAGAAUAAUCGUCAAAAAUUUGAUGAAGAAAAUUUAGAAGAUAUGUAUGACGGUGAUGUGUACAAGUCACUUUCAUCGCAAAUAAAAUUUUAUCACAAGAAGCUAACUUUUCAUACACAUUUAAUACAGAUGGCUGUAGUGCAAGUGAUUCUAGUCCAACAAGUACCUGGCCAGUAUAUUUAAGAUUAAACGAAUUACCUCCUCAAAUUAGAAAUGAACAUUUAAUAUUGGCAGGCCUAUGGGUCCAUGAGGAAAAACCAAUUAUGAAUACGUUUCUGCAACCUCUAGUUGAUGAGUUUAACAAAUUAUCAUCUGAAGGAGUAGAAUGGACAUUUAACAAACAAACAAUAACAUCCAAAAUAAUUCCCUUAUGAUGUUGUGUUGACUCGGUGUGCCGAUGCAGUUUAUUAAACAUGAAACAAUAUAAUGGAAUACAUGGAUGUACGUUUUGCUAUCACCCUACAGAAAGUGUUAACGGUCUUAGAGAGUAUCCAAUUUCUACAAAUAUUCAUCUGUUACGAACACAUACGAAUAUAAGCAACGAUAUGCUGGUUACAAGACAAGUAAAUCAACGAACCGGAAAAGUAGAAAUUGUUGAAGUUCAAGGAGUAAAAGGAGCCUCAGCAUUACUUAAUUUAAAUUACUUUAAUCUUGCAGAUGGCAUGUCGCCAGAUAGCAUGCACUGCGUAUUUCUGGGAGUCACUGAACAGUAUACAAAUCUGAUUUUACUGAGUAACGUUAAUACUCCAUACUACGUUGGAUCACCAAGCCAUUUAAAAAUUAUUGAUACUCGACUACUUGCCAUCAAAGCUCCCAAAGUAAUUACAAGAACUCCAAGAUCUUUGAAAGUACGUAGUUCUUGGAAAGCGUCUGAGUGGCGAUUGUGGCUUCUUUAUUACUCUAUUAUAUGCUUAUCAGAUAUGUUACCUUUAGAAUAUUUAAAAAAUUUAUCAAAAUUGGUAUGUGGAAUACAAAUAUUGUUACGAGACUCAAUAAGUAAUUACAUAUUAAUUACAGCCAAUCAAUUACUCACAGAAUUUGUCAUUGAAUUUCAAGAAAUAUUUGGGAAAGAAAAUAUGACCUAUAACAUACAUUUAUUGUUACACUUAUCAAAAAGCGUCAAGAAUUUAGGACCAUUAAAUGUGCAUGAUGCAUUUUGUUUUGAAAAUGAGAACCGUUUACUGUUAAAUAUGAAAAAAAGUCCAACAUGCAUUGCAGUGCAAAUAGCAAAAAGACAUCUAUUUUACAAAAGUAUACCGCUUUUUUCAACCUACUUCAGUAUUGGGCCACGAGUUUUGGAAUUUACAGAAAACUUUGAAAAUCGUAUAAAGGCUUUUAUAAAAGUAGACAAAACAGUUGUGCUUGGUACAGGAAAGCAUCUUGUAUUCAAUGAAAAUGAGCAAAAAUUAAAUUAUUCUGGUGAUUAUCUAAGCUAUCAAAAGUUCAUACACAAACACAUUAGAUAUUCAACAAGGAUGUACGCACAGAAUAUUAAAGUAGAUGAUUGUGUGAUAGAAUUAUUUUCUGGAGAAAAAGGAAUCAUAACAAAUAUUUCUGCAAUUGAAGAAACCGAAAAUAAAAAUAUAGUAGUAUUUUAUAAUCCUAUUAAAAUAUCAAAUGUUCGUACUGUCGGUAUACCAAUAAUAAGUCAUAUAAAAGAAUCUUUGAUAGAACACAAUGAGUUGAGAGCAUGUAAACCAAAUGAUAUAAAAGGCCAAUGUAUUUUAACGGAAGUGAAUGAAAAAAAAUAUAUUUGUACUCUUUUGAAACGUUGUUUUGGAGACUGUAUGGGACAAGACUACAUUAAGGUUCAAAAAUAAACUUUGAAAUCAUUGUUGAUCAG